AAGUUUUUUCUCACCAGCUGCAAUAAUCCUUAUUCCUCGGAGCUUUUCAGUCUCCUCUCUCCUGCCAUGUGAUGUUGUCCCGUUGGAAUGGCAGCUUUUUCAUUAUUACUGGUUGGCGUGCUAAUGGCAGGUUACAGCUCCGGCCAACUUUGUCUUUAGAGUUGGUUGGUCUGAGUGGUGUGUCACUCUGCCCGACUGGUUUGAAACAGUUGGGUCGGCUCCUUCGCUGCUGCCCUCUGGGGACAGAGCUGGCCAAUUUUCAAAGGUUUGGCUCGCAUGCUCUCUCCGAGAGCAAAAGGUGACGUGGGCUUUUAACAGCAAGAUCUUGCGAAGUAAGUAUUCAGUUUAGGCACCCAGAUGAAAGAUGCAGUCUGACUUUCAAAAAGAAGACAGUGUACGUCUUUUGUAAUCGUUGGUGUAUUACAGAAUUGCAGGAUGGAGAUGAAUAUGGGUGUUUGAAAUCCAUCUUUACCCUCACUGUUUGACAGUAAAUACUGUGGCGAUUCACAUUGUCCAUCCGCUUAACCAGAUUGUUUAAAGAUACUGUUGUUAUUUAUAGCCCUUCCUGCUGUUAUUUCAAGAGCUGGGUUUGACACAGUGCGUUACCAACCAAGGGGAGGGCUGGCACUCCUUCCUCUCUGUCGCUGCGAUAGCAAGACUCUGGCAGCACUAGUAGAAAGAGCUUUAGCAAAAGCUGCCUCGGCUCUGAGCACUCAGACUUUAGCUUCUCAGUGGCUGUUAUUGCAGAAUAAGGUUGGAGGUUGAAUACCAGUCUCUAUAUAUCUCUCUAUUUAUUUUUUAAUGAAUUUGAAGCUCAGAUGUAUUUUCCAGUGAUCGCUCCGUCAGCCUCCAUAUCACUUCACUUCCAUUUCAGAAUUUUAAAGCUGUUUAAAUCGCCUUUGCCCACCUCCAUCCUUUGUGUGGCUCACUGUGGUUAGGGUAUAUUUUUUGACAUGAGAUUCUACACCAGUUUUUUGGGCCCCAAAUGGUGUUUUGAAGAUGCGGGCUGCCUUCUGCGUCUUCUGGCACGUUUCCAGGAAGAAGGUAAACGGUUGGUCGAAGGGGUGGAAUUAAUUGGUGUGCGUGACUCUAAGAGCUAGUGCCAAAGCACAGAGGAAGUUGAGGAAGUCUGAGGUGUUCCAAUGUGUUGUGAGUCUCCUGGGGCAGAGGAGCACAUUAAGAAAUCUUUUUCUCUUGCUUCUGUUGUUACUUGUCUGCAGUGAGUUGUCUCUUCCCUCUUGCUGUGGAAUUUGUGCUCUCAAAUCUUGCACAGGAGGAGGAAAGAAGAUGGCUUCUGCAUGAGUGAUCUCAUGGUUCACUCAAACGAGUGGUGGCCUUCUGAAGUGGCUGUGGAGCUCUCAAUGCUGCUGUCAGCAGGUUCUUGGAGGCAAGGAAAAGUAUUGGAGCCACAGAUCUGUGUUGAAAGAACAUGUGAUGUCCGGAACAGCAUUUCAGCUGUCAGCACUACCAGCACAGAAUGAGACUUAACUGGAAUGUGCAGGCCUUCCUUGUAAUCUUGGUCAGGUUCACUGGCAUCUUACAGUGCUUCAUUAAGGGAAGAGCUGUGUGGGUGAGCCAGCCUCAGCUGGAUGGGGUAGUGUCCAUCUCUGGAUGGGGUAGUAUUGCAGAAAUCAGGACCUAUGGAUCUUUUUGGAAACUUCCAACAGAUGCUCCAAGCCUUCUGGUGCUGGUUAUGUUGCAUCUUCCCCCCGAAGGCAUUGUUAUUGCUGCGUCCUUCACGUGUGCGGAUAUUCCUUAGCGGGAGGCUGAAAGGAGACAAGCAGGGAGCUGGAUCCCUUGGGUAGCUGUGCUCAGUGAAAUGUGAUGGAGUCCCAUGCACUGACCUUCAGGUGCAGAGUAAGUGAAGGAGUCCAGACUGCAUUAAAUUUCCACCGUUAGAGAGCUCAGCAGGACUAUUCCUGGAUGCAGUGUCUGUUUCUGUAGCCUGCUGCCUGUGGCCUCCUGUUUCUGCGAAUGGACCUGGGAGAAUGUACAAAGAUCCAUGACUUGGCACUGCGAGCAGAUUAUGAGAUUGCAAGUAAAGAGAGAGACCUGUUUUUUGAGCUGGAUGCGAUGGAUCACCUGGAAUCCUUCAUCGCAGAGUGUGAUAGGAGAACAGAACUGGCCAAGAAACGCCUGGCUGAGACACAGGAAGAGAUCAGUGCUGAAGUGUCUGCAAAGGCAGAGAAAGUACAUGAGCUGAAUGAAGACAUUGGAAAACUCCUAGCUAAAGCCGAACAGUUGGGAGCUGAAGGAAAUGUUGAUGAGUCUCAAAAGAUCCUGAUGGAAGUGGAGAAAGUCCGAGCAAAAAAGAAAGAGGCAGAGGAAGAAUACAGAAAUUCAAUGCCUGCAUCCAGUUUCCAGCAGCAGAAGCUGCGUGUGUGUGAAGUCUGUUCAGCAUAUCUUGGUCUCCAUGACAACGACCGGCGUCUUGCUGACCACUUUGGAGGCAAAUUACACUUGGGUUUCAUUCAGAUUCGUGAGAAACUGGAUCAGCUGAGGAAAACAGUGGCAGAAAAGCAAGAGAAGAGAAACCAGGAUCGUUUGAGACGGAGAGAGGAGAGAGAACGAGAGGAGAGAAUGGGCAGACGGUCUGGAUCAAGAAAUAGAGAUCGUCGAAGAUCACGAUCUCGGGAUAGGAGGCGAAGACGCUCGAGAUCGGCUUCCCGUGAACGGCGGAAGUCUCGCUCCAGGUCCCGAGACCGACACAGACGCCACCGGAGCCGUUCCCGCAGCCACAGCAGAGGUCACCGACGGGGGUCCAGAGACAGGAGUUCAAAACACAAAUCUUCUAGAGAUCGAUCUUCAAGAGAAAAGUCACGAGACAGAGAGAGAAAAGAGAAGAGCUCUUCUGAGAGGCGGCACGAGAGCACAAAUGGCAAAUCUCGUUCCAAGAGAUCAGAAGAGAGAGAAGCUGGCGAGAUCUGAACUCAAACGAUCUGUGUUGCACUGUAAAUAGUCUGAUAAACAUUCUACACAAAGCCUAAAUUUCCCAUUUAUAUUUACUGAAUACAACUCAUCUUUUGUAGUUUGGAAUUUUUAUUGUUUGGCAGAUAGCUGUGAGUUUGUAGAGACACAGAGUUACGUACUGUUUAACAGGAUUUUGUUUUAGUAGGAAUAAAUAAAUCUGGAUGGAUCGUUUUCAAUUCAGGCCAGUGGUUGACACACUGUGUUUGUCCUGACCCAGCGAACGCGGCAGGCAGGGGCAGGGCUGUGGUCGGAGACCUGAGCUGCCGUGACGUUUGUAACGCUUCAGCUCUUUCCAAAAGAUCUACCUGACCCUUUUUGAGCACACCGGUAGCACCGGUUCUCACUUAAUUAAUUUUUUUUUCCUUCUGUUUCUAUAUGUUGAAAGAAAUUCAGAAGUGGGUUUGGGGUUGUGGGGUUUUUUUUUUUUUUCUUUUUAGCGCUUAGCCACCUCGUUUUUAUGUCUCCAGCCUUUGAGGGUUGCCUCGCUAUUCCAGCUAAGUCAAGACAGACAAAAUUUGGCCCCGACCUGCCUAUUUUGAAAGCUGUUCAUCUUUGAGAGGAUGACCAAAUUGGCUAGAGCACAUUCUUAAGAUGCGCUCAAGUCUGGGUUUAAGUACCUUUACAGAUCAGAGAUCGGGUGUAAACCAAACGGUAGAAAAUCAGGACUGAGUUCUUCUGUGGAGGAGUUCAGCCACAGCUAGUCUGCCUAUUUACUGUGCACUCCGGGGGCAGAGCUUCCUCCAUGGGAGUUUUCUGACUUCCCCAAAAAAGCAUUGGUGUGUGUUUUGCAAGGCCAGUCAGGCAGAAGGCGGCUGAGUGACAGAGGUGACUCGGGACGGAGCCAAGUCCAGGGGCAGGGUGAGGGAAGGAGGUGCCCACGUCGGUGCCCACUGCUUCUCCUGGGAUCCAGGCACCAGCUGUGUCCUUUUCCCGUCUGUGGGAGGAAUCGGCAUAUUGUAACUAGCUUAUUUGUAACUAGGUUUAUUUUACGCUAGGGGAGGAAGGCCGCCUGGCUGUGCCAGCCACAGUCGCCACCCCCGAGGAUCGGUAUUUUGUGAGGAUUGUGUCAGUGAAAGCGCUUGCCACCCGCCGAGCUGGGCCCUGGCCGGGCCUCAGCCCGGCCCAACUCGUUACCUCGGCGAGGCAGGUAUCUCUUAAUUAAAGACAGCUCGCUCCUAACGUUUCCCCGCGGCUGUAAACGCCGUUUGCGGGCCGCCCGCCCGGUGCCC